AUGUGGUUGGGAGCCAAUUUCUCUCUCAUUUGGGCAUUUGAACAAGAUUUUGUCCUUCUCGAGAAUCCAAUUGAUAUCCCAUCGGAUUUGUCGGUCAAGGUACGCGACAUACUUCGAUCUGCACAGCUAUUGGUAUUAGCCUUGAGUGCAAUAGUGGCUCCUUUCGGCAUUUAUCAUGCUCUUUUAAAUGCCCACCUCACACUGCCAGUCAGAUUACUGGCGGCUAGCGAGAAUCUCAACAAGUUUUUCUACGCUAUCGUCUUUCUCAUUUACAACUUCUGCGCAUUUCGAGUGGGAAAUAUUAAAUGCUCACAAGCCUAUUUCGAUUUCGCGUUUCCGCUUUACAAAAAAUUUUUGCCGACUUACCUAACACUCGACAUUGCUCAAUACAGUCAAUUGGGAAUAUCAUUGAGACGUGGAAGCGUUUCUCGAGCUGAGGCACUUCUCAUGGUUCAGAUGAUCACUAACUCCUCAAUCGUUCUCGCGAAUUCUCUUUUCUUCUAUUCAGCCUGUAUCCUCAUCAAUUUCUUCUUUACCGGAAAUUUGUUGCUUGUUAUUCUUGAAUUGCUAACUUUACAUCAAUUUCUUCUUUAUAAUCUCUUAGCGAGUUUAAUUUCUGUCUAUUGCUUCAAGAAGCCGAAAGAGAAAUGGGAGGAGGGAGAACGGACAAUCGUUGUCGAAUCAUAUAAACAU